UUCACCACUAAUUCAAAUUAAAAAUUUAAAAAUUAAAAUAAGAAAACAAAGCAUUAUCAGAUUUUGUGCCACGAACUUUUGUUUUCAGGGUUCCUUUCACUCUGCUGAGUUGGGCCAAAGAUAAUUUCUACAUGGUUUUGUUUCUCAGCAACAGUAAAGCGAAAACAAAAAGCUUCACAGCGAAGAAAAAUGGAGACAAGGGUUCCCUCCUUCUACUUCUUCCUCUUUUCUCUCUCAUUACUGCUACUUCUUCUCUUCCCUUUUUCUUCAGCUCAGAUGCCAGGUUUCAUAAGUUUGGACUGUGGAGGUAACGAAAACUUCACUGAUGAAAUUGGUAUCGAAUGGACUCCUGAUGACAAACUGACUUUCGGAGAAAUAAGCACUAUAUCGGUUGUGAAUGAGACACGAAAGCAAUACACAACGCUUCGACACUUUCCGGCAGAUUCCAGGAAAUACUGCUACUCGCUUGAUGUUGACAGUAGAACAAGAUACCUGCUGAGGGCAUCAUUCUUGUAUGGGAACUUUGAUAAUAACAAUGUUUAUCCGAAAUUCGACAUUUCUGUUGGAGCAACUCAUUGGUCUACUAUUGUUAUAUCUGAUGCUGACACUAUUGAAGUGAUAGAGCUUAUCUUUCUGGCUACAAGUCCUACAGUUAGUGUAUGUUUAUCAAAUGCAACAACUGGGAAGCCGUUUAUUUCUACACUUGAACUCCGGCAAUUCAAUGGUUCUGUUUAUUAUACAGAAAUCGAGGAACAAUAUUACCUCAGUGUCUCUGCUAGGAUCAAUUUUGGUGCUGAGAGUGAUGCUCCUGUCAGGUAUCCUGAUGAUCCAUUUGAUAGAAUUUGGCAGUCAGAUUCUAUCAAGAAAGCCAAUUAUCUUGUCGAUGUUGCUGCCGGAACUCAGAAAAUUUCAACCAAUAUGUCAAUUGAUGUUAACAGAGAUGAAAUGCCACCAGUAAAAGUAAUGCAGACAGCUGUAGUCGGUACAAACGGGUCCUUAACUUACCGGCUAAACUUGGAUGGUUUUCCUGGUAUGGGUUGGGCUUUCACCUAUUUUGCAGAGAUUGAAGAUUUGCUAGAAAAUGAAUCAAGAAAAUUCAGGCUAGUACUUCCAGGCCACAAUGAUAUGAGCAAGGCUGUGGUAAAUAUCGAAGAAAAUGCUCAAGGGAAAUAUCGCCUUUACGAACCAGGAUAUACCAAUUUAUCCUUACCAUUCGUGCUGUCCUUUAGAUUUGUCAAGACAUCUGAUUCUACCAGGGGCCCUCUUCUAAAUGCCAUGGAGAUAAAUAAAUAUCUAAAGAAAAGUGAUGGUUCUCCUGAUGGUGAUACUAUAUCUGCCGUACUUUCGCACUACUCUUCCGCAGACUGGGCUCAAGAAGGGGGUGACCCUUGCCUACCUGCUCCAUGGUCAUGGGUCCGCUGUAGCUCAGAUCCACAGCCAAAAAUUGUUUCAAUUUUAUUGUCAGGUAAAAACUUGACAGGCAAUAUUCCGUUGGACAUUACCAAGUUGACUGGUCUUGUUGAAAUAUGGCUUGAUGGAAAUAUGUUGACUGGUACAAUACCGGAUUUUACUGGAUGCAUGGACUUAAAGAUCAUUCAUCUUGAAAACAACCACUUAACAGGUCAAUUACCUUCCUCUCUGGUGAACCUUCCGAAUUUGAGGGAAUUGUAUGUGCAAAAUAAUAUGUUAUCUGGAACAAUACCUUCAGACCUUCUGAGUGAAGAUUUGGUCAUAAAUUACUCUGGAAACAUUGAUCUUCAUAAGAAAAGUGGAAAACAAAGCCAUAUGAUUGUAAUCAUAGGUUCAUCUGCUGGCGCUGCGGUUCUUCUUCUGGCAACUAUCAUCUCUUGCUUGUUUUUGCGUAAAGGAAAGAAAAAAUAUUAUGAGCAAGACAAACUUGUCUCUCGCCCAUCUCAAAGUAUUGGUUCUACCGUGAGUGAAGGUCCUUCAAACGCAGAAGCUGCUCACUGCUUCAGUUUUUCUGAAAUUGAAAGUUCAACCAAUAACUUCGAGAGAAAAAUUGGUUCCGGAGGUUUUGGAGUUGUUUACUAUGGGAGACUGAAAGAUGGAAAAGAGAUAGCAGUUAAAGUUCUAACCAGUAAUUCCUACCAAGGCAAACGAGAGUUCUCCAAUGAGGUUACUCUUCUAUCAAGAAUACAUCACAGAAACUUGGUACAGCUUCUCGGUUAUUGCCGCGAAGAAGGGAAUAGCAUGCUUAUUUAUGAGUACAUGCAUAACGGGACUCUCAAAGAACAUCUUUACGGUCCAUUAACACAUGGACGAAGCAUCAAUUGGAUCAAGCGCCUUGAGAUUGCAGAAGAUGCCGCAAAAGGAAUAGAAUAUCUUCAUACAGGAUGUGUUCCUGCAGUCAUACAUAGAGACCUAAAAACCAGCAAUAUUCUUCUUGACAAGCAAAUGCGAGCCAAGGUUUCAGAUUUCGGCCUUUCAAAACUUGCUGUUGAUGGAGCUUCCCAUGUCUCUAGCAUAGUCCGGGGGACAGUAGGAUAUCUUGAUCCUGAGUACUAUAUUUCUCAGCAGCUGACUGACAAGAGUGAUAUUUAUAGUUUUGGAGUUAUUCUUCUUGAACUCAUAUCUGGUCAAGAAGCAAUAUCGAAUGACAGCUUUGGCGCCAAUUGCCGAAACAUAGUCCAGUGGGCAAAAUUACAUAUUGAGAGUGGAGACAUACAAGGUAUCAUUGAUCCAGUGCUAAGAAACAACUAUGAUCUACAAUCAAUGUGGAAAAUUGCAGAGAAAGCAUUGAUGUGCGUCCAACCUCACGGCCAUAUGCGGCCGCCAAUAUCAGAAGUCCUCAAGGAGAUCCAAGAUGCGAUCACCAUCGAGAGAGAGGCUGGAGGCAAUUCAGACGAGUUAUCAAGAAAUUCUUUACUUUCUUCCAAGAACAUUAUUGGUUCUAUGGAUCUGGCCGGAACUGCGAACUUUGUGUCGAUUGAUGAAUCCAUGGCACAGCCUACUGCAAGAUAGAUCUGUGUUGUAAACACGCCCAAUUCUUUCCCACCCUGCUUCCUUUGUUGUCUUGAAUUUUGCAGGCAUUGCCCGUAUGUGGUCUAAAAGGUUUUAUGCUGCUUAACAAUUUUCAACAUAUCAUUUUUUUCCCCUGAAAAGAAAGAAGCAAUUUCAUCCAAUGUGAUUUAAA